AUGCCACUGGCACCCGCAGUCUCAGCUCUUGCGAGACAAACUUUCAAGACUGCCUACGAUGAGCUUGAUCGCACAAUCAGCCUAGGCGACAAACGAGAUUUCCAGAGCACGACUCUCCAACAUGUCAAAAAGGCUGUGCUUGACCUCGAGAAUCAGCUUGCCGCGAAACAAUGCCUUCGAAAUAUGCGCCGCCUCGUGCCCUUAUUUCGAGGGCUUGAACACUAUUCAAAAGUCGUCGACGUCCUCUGUAACGGGACUCCAUUUCUACCAUGGAUAUGGGCACCAAUUACUCUUAUCCUACGAGUUUCCUCUGAGUAUGUUGACGCUUUUGAACAAAUUAUCAAAGGUUAUUCUGGUAUUGCCGAGUCGCUUAAGCGGUUUGAGAUUCUCAGCGUUGCCUUUAUUGAUGAACCAGAGUUUCAGCAAACAUUAGCUGUUUUUUAUGCUGAUAUUCUUCAAUUUCAUAUACAUGCCUACAAGUUUAUUCGGCGGAGUGGCUGGAAGUUGAUAUUUCUCGCAUCGUGGGGGCGCUUCGAGAGGCGGUUCAAUACCAUCCUUGAAGACUUGAAGCAGCAUGGCUCCUUGAUUGAUCAGGAGGCAAAUUCCCGCAACAUUGCAGAAGCAAGAAAGAUGCGCGAAGAUAUUCGAACAUGGAGAGAAGAGAGCCAGAGCCAGGUCCGCCGCGAGGAGGUUGAGCAAAACGCGAAGCAGUACGAAUCGAUCACGUCAUGGUUGAGAAUCAACGAAUCCGAUCAACUGGCCAUUUUUGACUCCAUAUCUUCAGAAGCGACAGAGUACCAAGGAACCUGUGGAUGGAUCUUGGCCAAUCCAAAGGUCAGGUCUUGGGCCGAUAGCAAACCAGACACACCAGCCCUUUGGUUAAAGGGGUCAGCCGGAACAGGAAAAAGCGUUCUGUGCACCCAGCUCAUCAACUUCAUGAAAGGAUCGAAAUUCGUCGUUCAUCACUUCUGCACUUAUCGAUAUGCAUCGUCCAUCAUGUAUGAGAAGAUCUUAAUGUCUUUGGUGCUACAACUUCUCCGAAAGGACGACGAUCCGGUCGCUCACGUGUACAAGUCAUACGUCUUGGAAAAGAAGUCACCUACGACUGCAGUACUUGAGCAGCUCUUGCGCACACUUCUCUUGAGCAUGUCAAGUGAUCCUAACCAGGCCGAAUAUAUCUGGAUCAUUAUUGAUGGGCUGGAUGAGUGCGAGCUAGACAAGCAGAUGCGCCUAGUACUUCUGAUCAACCAGCUCACAUCCAAGCCCUCCUUACCCGGGAGUACUGUGUGCAAGGUUCUAAUCUCGAGUCGUGCUCCUUCAGAAUCAUUGCAACGCCUUCGAAAAAAGCAAACCAUUUCCCUUGCUGAAGAGAAGGACUGCUUACAUGGGGCAAUCUGUCAAUAUGUUGGCCAGAGAUUGAAAUCAUUGGGUACAAAGCUCCGCCAGCUCGACAUAGAACAGCCCGAAAUCGAGGAGAUCCAGACUGUGGUUGUGACGAAAGCUGACGGCAUGUUCCUCUAUGCUCGACUUGUCAUGGAUUACCUUGCGAGCAAUAUCUUUUUCAGUGGCGACGAAAUCAAGGAAUCGGUAAAUCAGCUACCGCAGAAGCUCACGGAUUUCUACCAAAAGAUUCUGACGCAAAUCCCAGUUCCCUUGGAUUCUCGGUCUGUGGACCGCAUCAGAUGCGUUCUGGGCUGGGUUGCAUUUGCCGAAAGACCGCUCCAGAAGUUCGAAUUACUCUCUGCCAUCACCUUCAGUUCUGGUAAUCCUGAGAUUGGUCGUCUGACGCCCCAGUACAUCUUAGACAUAUUACUUCACGACCAUGGGGUAGCUGCCAUUACUUGUCUUCUUUCUGGAUUGAAAGUUUUUGGAAAUACGUACCGGCAAGAGGAUGCAUAUCUCCGGGUGGCCAAGGGAUUACAUGGCUUUCACGUUUACGCCACCGAGUAUUGGACCGAACACUUACUUUCUUAUGCUGUGUCUGCUGAUACGCUUAACACAGCCUCAUCCCCGUCUCUGCUUGCCCUUGCUUGCCAACUGGCAGAUGAGCUAGAACUAGCUUUGAAGGCAAGGUCUCUGAAGAACCUUGAGUCCAGGAUCUUGCAAGCACAUAACCGUCAGCGGUCAAAACCACCAAUUGUCUCUGAGGGCAUCUCCAUCAUGCUAGCAUCAUACCAAGAGGUUGUCAGAUCCUUGCUGUACCAAACUCACUACCCCGGUCUUUCUGUCGACGAACUGGAACUGUUCAAAAUUCACUUUGGAACCGCAGCCUUCACUUGCCGACUAAGUUCCUGUCCACGGACAACAUUAGGCUUUGAGACUGAGAUGCUUCGUUCGGAGCACGAGAUGUCCCACGUCCGAUGCUUCCGCUGCACAUUUACCGGUUGUCAGUACCCUCCUUUCGCGUCAGCUCGAGCUCUGAGAAACCACACGAGCAAAUAUCACACGCCAACCACUGUUCGAAAAGCGAUUCGCAACGUUACAUGGGAGCACUCCUACCAGCGCUCUUACCCCAGCAGUCAGCACUCCGUCGAGCCUCAGCAACCUCAAAUCAGGCCGCCUCCGCCUAUGUAUAGACCAAGUCAAAUGCGAAACUUACCAACGCUAUAUGAUGAGGAAAAGACUGACUACGAACGAGGCUUACAAGGCCUUUGGGAUAAAGUGAACAAUUUUCCCCCAGACAGCCCAGAGAAUCGUAUGGCACGCCAGAAGAUCAUGGAAUUCUCCAGGAUGCUCAUCGUCAAGAUUGGAAGACGGCUCACGGAGCAACAUUCCGAGGCCCAGGAGCAACAGGGGAAGCAACCAAAGCACGAACAAGACCAAAAUGUUCAAAUCAGCAACACCGAAGGUGAUGAACUGUCUUAA